AUGAAGACUACUUUAGGUUUGGGUGGGAGCCUAGGUGUUUUACUGGCUAUGGUCGAGGUCACUUCGGCGCUGACUCUUCCUGUUAAAGGUGAUUUCAAUCAAUUUGUUCUCGACGCCAAACAAGUUGUAGAUACUGACUCCCUACAACAAUAUAUUACUGAGAAAGGGUUGUCCAAGAGGGCCGCUGAACUUUACGAAAUUGCCAAAGAAAGUGAAGCUGAAUAUCACCACCCCACUAGAGUCAUAGGAUCGAAGGGUCACAACGGCACCAUUGACUAUAUUUUAAACAGCUUAGAAGAAUUCGGUAGAGAUUAUUAUGAUGUUUCUUUACAAGCAUUCAGUGCGAUUAGUGGAUCGCUCUUUUCGUCAUCUUUGACUAUCGAUGGGAAAAAUAUUUCUGAGGCAUCUGCCCUCUACAUGAGCCCUCCUACCCCUGAUAAGAAACCAGUCACGGCUCAUUUGGCUAUUUCUAGUAAUGAUGGUUGCAAGCCAUCUGACUUUGGCCCUGAGGUCAACGGUUCAAUCGUCCUCAUCCAACGCGGAAAUUGCCCGUUUGGAGAUAAAUCAGAGCUUGCUGGCUUAGCUGGUGCUGUUGCAGCUAUUAUUUAUAAUAAUGUUGAUGGGGAUAAUAUCCCCGGUACCUUAGGAACUCCUCUUGGUCAUGAAGUUCCAACCAUGGGCCUCUCCAAGAAGCUGGGUGAUCAUUUUGUGGAGAAGGUAAAACAUAGCUCUCAGUCUUUGAAUGCUACUAUCGUUGUUGAUUCUCAGAUUGACAUUGUUGAUACUUUCAAUGUCAUUGCCGAGAGCAAGAGAGGUGAUAAAGGAAAUGUGGUCAUGUUGGGCGCGCACUCUGACUCUGUUGCUGCUGGUCCAGGUAUCAAUGACGAUGGUAGCGGGACUAUUUCGUUACUUGAAGUAGCUCAAGCUUUAACUAAUUUUGAGGUGAACAACGCAGUUCGUUUUGCUUGGUGGUCUGCUGAGGAGGAGGGCCUUUUAGGAUCAGAUCACUACGCUUCUAAUUUGCCUGAAUCUGAGAACCAAAAGAUCCGACUUUUUAUGGACUAUGAUAUGAUGGCUUCACCUAAUUAUGCUUAUCAAAUUUAUAAUGCGAAUAACGAAGACCACCCAUCUGGAUCAGGUGACUUAAAACAAAUGUAUGUUGAUUUUUAUAAAUCGCAUGGUCUUAACUAUACGUUCGAACCUUUUGAUGGUCGUAGUGACUACGCUGGGUUCUUGGUUGCUGGAAUUCCUUCUGGAGGUGUGGCUACUGGCGCCGAAGGGAUUAAGACCACUGAAGAAGUUGCUCUUUUCGGCGGCAACGCAUCAAUUGCAUAUGACCCAUGUUAUCACCAGCUCUGUGAUGACCUUUCUAAUGUCGAUUACGAUGCUUGGGUUAUCAACACCAAACUAAUUGCACAUUCAGUUGCUUCUUAUGCCAAGUCUUUCGGCAGUUUCCCUGUUCGAGUUAAACCUGAGUAUGGACAGGUUGGCGUUGCCAGCUCCAGUGUUUCACAGUCUGCUAUGCAAUUCCAAUAUCGCGGCCCUUAUGCUAUCUUUUAA